AUGGAUAAUUACUCUUUCAAUCACUUUUUCGGAUUGACACAAGUAAAAUCAAAAAAACUACUGAAUUGGAAGCAAGGCGAUGAAGAUGAGAAAUGGGCGGAAAAAGCCGUGGAUUAUUUGGUGAAAAAAUUGAAGAAGAAAAAGGGGAAUUUGGAGGAGUUGGAACGGGUGCUUUCGUCGGGGAAACCUGGAAGAUGUAUUACAAUACCGAAGAGUAUGGAUGGAAGAUUGCAGGUAUCGUUCCGUAAAGGCUACCCUCACGUAAUCUACUGCAGAGUAUGGAGAUGGCCGGAUCUACAGAGUCACCACGAGCUAAAGCCGAUCCCCCAAUGCGAAUUUCCCUUUAUUCCAUACAGCUUAAACAAAACGCAAACGGAAGUGUGCAUCAACCCUUACCACUACGAAAGAGUAGAAAUGCACAUGCUGCCUCCAGUUUUGGUACCGAGGCACAACGAUUUCGUGCCUGGCUAUUCGAUGCUGGAAGUGAAUGGCGGUCAUUCCAACAAUUCACCGCCGAAUUCGUUUAAUAUUGCGCAUUCACCGCAACAUUCGUAUACCAACUCGCCAAGCCCUUCGAGUAGUAUUAAUUCGGAUUUUAAUAAUGCUGCAGCAUCUGAAUGUAAUUCUUCAGUACAAAAUUUUCCAGAUAAUAGCAUGAAUUCGGAAAGUUCUUCAGAAAUGACAAGAGUUCCAUACCAAGAGCAAGAUAAUUGGGCUUCAAUAGCUUACUACGAACUCAAUCAAAGAGUCGGAGAAGUCUUCCAUUGUGGCAACAUGUCCGUCAUAGUGGACGGUUUCACAAACCCCACCACAAACUCGGAAAGAUUUUGCUUAGGCUCCUUGAGUAACAUAAACAGAAACAGCGUCAUAGAGAAUACCAGAAGACACAUUGGAAAAGGUGUCCAUUUAUAUUACGCCAACGGUGAAGUUUACGCCGAAUGCCUCUCGGACCAUUCGGUUUUCGUGCAGUCGCGCAACUGCAACUACAGUCAUGGAUUCCAUUACGCUACAGUUUGCAAAAUUCCUCCAGGAAGUUCUCUGAAAAUAUUUGAUAACGCCCAAUUCGCCAGGCUUUUAUAUGAGUCAGUCCACCAUGGAUUUCAAGCAGUUUAUGAGCUAACAAAAAUGUGCACCAUUCGUAUGAGUUUUGUUAAGGGUUGGGGUAGCGAGUACCAAAGGAAUGACGUCACUAGCACGCCAUGUUGGGUGGAGAUUCAUCUUAAUGGACCUUUACAGUGGUUGGAUAGGGUGUUGGUGCAGAUGGGCGCUCCUCAUAUGGGCAUAACUUCUGUUUCGUAA